ACGCACGGCCACGAGCAGGCGGGGGAGGAGAGGCGAGGUCCGAGGCGCCCCGCCCAGUCAGCAAGGUUGCGCGUGCCCCGUGCGACUGCCAAGAUGGUGGUGGGCGCGUUCCCUAUGGCGAAGCUGCUAUACUUGGGCAUCCGGCAGGUCAGCAAGCCGCUUGCCAACCGCAUUAAGGAGGCCGCCCGCCGAAGCGAGUUCUUCAAGACCUAUAUCUGCCUCCCGCCGGCUCAGCUGUACCACUGGGUGGAGAUGCGGACCAAGAUGCGCAUCAUGGGCUUCCGGGGCACAGUCAUCAAGCCGCUGAAUGAGGAAGCGGCUGCCGAGCUGGGUGCGGAGCUGCUGGGUGAAGCCACCAUCUUCAUCGUAGGCGGCGGGUGCCUGGUGCUGGAGUACUGGCGCCACCAGACGCAGCAGCGCCACAAGGAGGAAGAGCAGCGAGCUGCCUGGGACGCGCUGCGGGACGAGGUGGGCCACCUGGCGCUGGCGCUGGAGACACUGCAGGCGCAGGUGCAGGAGGUGCCGCGGCAGGACGCCCUGGAGGAGCUGCAUGCGCAGCUGCAGGAUAUGCGCGCCCAGCUCUGCGCCCCGGACCCACAGGCAGCGUCCAAGGCUGCAUCUGCAUCCCAGGCAGUGUCUGCGUCGUCCAAGAAAUAGAAGACUGCUGAAGCCUGAACUUGGACGUCGCCCUGUGUGCCUGACAUAGCCUUCCCCCCACCACCCCUUCCUGCACUGGCCCAGCAGAAACCACCAGGAUCUUGAUGCAACUUGGCAUUCGGUUACCCUCUACUGUUGAGACCAGUGGUACCCGCCACUGGGACCAGCUGGUGAAGUGUUCCAACAUAGCCCCCUCCAUCAUCGCCCCCUCCGUCAUCCCUCACCCCAGCUGCAAACCAGGAGGACCUGCAAGGUCCCAGCCAGCAGGACAUCGCAGGCACUCUAGAAAAAGAAAGAAUGGAACCUGGGCUUGAGCCGAAUCUAUUUGCCAUUGUACUACCCCCACCCCCUAGCAGGUUUACUUGGUAAGUGGUACCUUUCCCUGGGGUGCUCAUCCCUUACACUGGGACACCCCUUCCUUUCAUCAGCUGGUCAGACCAUCCUGAGGAAAUGCCGUGUCUUUCAAAAACCUUUUGUCCCCCUCACAUUCUAAGGUCAGCUCUAGCUGGGCAGCGCUGCUCUCUUUAAUGGGGGAAAAAGAAAGAUCCUGGCCUGCAAUUGAUCCCCCGAACCAUCUCUUCCCCCUUUCGUGGUACCUUCCUCUGAGACCCCAAGUGCAAUAUUCCAGCAGAACCCCCUCAUCUUUUAGUCUUUGGCACAACUCACUGGCAUGGCCAUGCAGGGUCUUUUCUGGGCAAAGGCCACCAGACCCCCCUCCCCACUCCUGGAGUAGAAAUUUUGGUCCUAACUAGGGCUAAUCCAGCCUGUCUUUCGGCCUCAGCCCCUGUUUACCUGUCCUCAAAGUCCCUGGGCCUUGCACUGUGUGGUACAUCUUUUCCUACCUUCCCCACCAUCGUCAGUGGCCUUUCUCAGGGACCUGCUGGCCCGUGGAUUAGAUUGUCAUGUCGUCCAUCUUCCAUCCAAAUCUAUAGAGCUCUGUGUUCUUGCUUCCUUCCCCUUGGGGCUCUGGGCUGUUCCGAGAGCCCCGCUUCAUGUACCCUUCAUGUAGCGGUACCCUCCUGCCUCCAUAGCCCCAAGUCCCACCUCCGUCCCAUUGGACUAGGCCACCAGUUGGCCCUAACUUCUUUUCUGGGUCCACCAUAACAGAUUACCACGAACUUGAUGGCUUAAAACAACAGAAGUUCAUUCUCACAGUUCUGGAGGCCGGAAGUCUGAAAUCAAGAUGUGGGCAGGGCCACUCCCCUUCUUCCAUCUCUGGUGACGCUGACUCUGGGCCUUCCUUGGCUCUGCCUCCAUCUUCAAAUGGCCUCCUUCUCUUUUGUUUCUUGUAGGGGUACCUGUCGUUGAAAUUAGGGCCCAUCCUAAAUCCAGGGUGAUCUUACUUCAAGAUCCUUAACUUAUUACAUCUACAAAAACCCUUUUUCCAAAUAAGCCCACAUUCACAGGUUCUAGGGGUUGGAAUGUGGACAUAUCUUUUGAGGGUCCACCGUUCAACCCACUGUACCUCCCCACCCCCAGGGGUAUGCUGGGACUCCUGCCACCCCCGUGGGCCGUUCCGCGUUCCCCACCUGGUUCCUCUUCCAGGAUUCACCGCUGAAGUGGGGAGGGGUGUGGCCCCGCCAGGCUGCAUCCCAUGCUGUAGGCUGCAGCUGUUUCCUGAUUAAAGGGGCCCCAGGGAGAGGAAGGUAUCUUGAGGAUGUAUCUGAGCACCAUGAUACGGAUCUCCAAAAUGGGUACAAGUCUUAAUAAAAUCAGGAGAGAAGCUGGGAGGGUUUUGGUGGGGAGGGGGCCAAGAGUCAUCUUAUGAGCUGGGGAAACUGAGGCUGCAGGGCAGCAAAGGCACUUGCCCGAGUUGCCACAGCCAGUGAGGGGUCUUAGUGUGCAGUACACGGGGCAGAUUCAUCCCAUGAAGCUGCAGGUGAAGGUUGGGAGGACCAGGGCCUUCCCCCUCGCCUCACUGCCCCAGGGGGUAACAAUGACCUGAACACAAGACCUACCCAGAAAGACCAAGAGCCCGUUCUGAAACAGCAUCUCAAUUCCUCCCAGAAGAGGGGGCGAAGCUGGAGUACAGGGAACUGAGCAAGUGGGUCCUAGUGAGGGCAAGAAGGCCAUGGACAGACACUGCUGCAUGGAGGGGCGAUGGACUGAUGGACCUUCACCAGUGAACCUGGUCUCCAUGGUUACCCCUCGGGGGUCCACUGUGGUACUGACACAUCUCUCCAGAGGCCAGGGACUGCCACUGCCCCCACCCAGCAUAUCCACAGGUGAUCAGUAGUCAUCGUUGUAACAGAUGAGGUUGGUCGAGCUCUGGUUAGAUGCCAGCACUAUUCUAAGGGCUUUGCACAAUCCCCACUGCGUCGUGUGCUCCAUUUCACUGGUGAGCAAACAGGCACAGAGAGGGAAGGUCAUCUGCUCCGGGUCACACAGGCAGGGAAGAGCCAGAGGCGGGAUGUGAAGUUGGGCCACAGCCCCUGUUCUCAACCGCAGCAACGCCCUGGCCCUGAGGGAGCGCUGCCCACUCAACUCGGAGACUUCAAGCUCAGCUCUGGCACGUCCUUGCCAGUGGCCAGUCCUUGUCGUCAGCUUCACCCACUGUGGUGGCGAGGGGCAGGGGUUGGGCAGGGUGUGUGGAAGGGAAAGAACCCCCUCGCAAAAUGCACGAGGCCAGAGGAAGUUUCAUUGCUCUGGUUUCCUGCUGGCUAAAAUUUUGUAUACUUUGUGAUGUGGGGAGAGGGGUCAGAAUAAAUUUGUAAAUGAA